AGAUAGUUCUUCUGUAUCAGUAGGAGCACGAAUUUUUGUUACGGUGAUUUGUUAAAUUGUGCUUUGUAACUUGUUUAAACGACACGUCAUUAUAAUUCUUUAAUUCUUACUAGUUGUUAGCUUUACUUUAAGUGUUUAGUUCGUGUGUAUGCGACUAUUUUCUUACAGAAUUAUGACUAUGAUUAAAUGGGCAAUCGUACCGGCAACUAUUUUCAUUGUUAUUACUAUUGUUUAUUGCGAUCUCGGUGUAAAAACACCUGAGGAUGAAAAAAAAGGACCAAAAAUCACAGAUGUUGUAUGGUUUGAUAUUCAAAUUGGUUCUGACAAUCCAGAACGUGUAGAAAUUGGAUUGUUUGGUAAAACUGUCCCUAUAACUGUUGAAAAUUUCAUUCAGUUAGCUCAAAAACCAAAAGGAGAAGGUUAUAAAGGUAGUAAAUUUCAUAGAGUUAUCAAAGAUUUUAUGAUCCAAGGAGGAGAUUUUACCAGAGGCGAUGGUACUGGAGGACGUAGUAUUUAUGGUGAAAGAUUUGAUGAUGAAAAUUUCAAGCUUAAGCAUUAUGGUGCUGGAUGGUUAUCAAUGGCUAACGCUGGAAAAAAUACAAAUGGAUCUCAAUUCUUUAUUACUACUGUAAAAACUUCUUGGCUAGAUAAACGCCAUGUUGUGUUUGGAAAAGUUGUCAAAGGAAUGAAAACUAUUAGAAAAAUAGAAUCUGAAGAAACAGACUCAAGAAAUAAACCCUUUAAAGAUGUCACAAUUGUAGAUUGUGGUCAUACUGCUAUUCCAGUACCUUACUCAGUCACAAAAACUGAUGCCAUUGAAUAAAAUACUAAUAAGUAAGGUCAAAUAAAUAUUAAGCUCAAUGUUAAUGAUUUUUUUUUUUGAACGUCAUAUUAAUUUAUGUUUAUAUUUUUUAACUGUUAUUCUUUACUUGAAAGAUUACUAAACAUCAUUUUAAUUAUA